ACGUGAUGACGUAUGAAUAUGUUUUGACGUUAAGAGUCACCACACUGUGAACUGGAGACAGACCAGAGAAGCUAGAGGGGUUAUAUUUCUUACAUAACACAGAUCAGUUUCCAUCAUGGCAUUGAGGAGCGCCGUGUGUCGCCUCUUGGUGAACCCUCACAGAUGCGCCUUCCUCUCAGCCUCCAGAGCCCAGGGAACUGCUGCAGCUGCCCGAUGUGAUGCAGAAAGGUCCGAACAGAGGGCUAAGCCAUUUAAAGUCCAGUUCGACUGGCGGGAUGCCCUGGACCUCGAGGGCCAGCUGACAGAGGAGGAGAUCAUGAUCAGGGAUUCCUUCCGGACAUACUGCCAAGAGAAGCUCAUGCCUCGAAUCCUGAUGGCAAACAGAAAUGAAGUGUUCCACAGAGAGAUUGUGUCUGAGAUGGGAGAGAUGGGAGUCCUUGGCCCAACUAUUAAAGGUUAUGGCUGUGCCGGGACAAGCUACGUGGCGUACGGUUUGAUUGCUAGGGAAGUUGAGAGGGUGGACAGCGGCUAUCGCUCUGUCAUGAGCGUGCAGUCAUCACUGGUCAUGCACCCUAUUAAUGCUUACGGCACAGAGGAGCAGAAACAGAAGUACCUUCCAAAGCUGGCUCGUGGAGAGAUCCUGGGCUGCUUCGGCCUGACGGAGCCUAAUCAUGGCAGUGACCCCAGCGGCAUGGAGACUAGAGCUAAAUAUAACCCAUCCAGCCGCACCUACACCCUGAACGGCUCUAAGACUUGGAUCACCAACUCUCCUGUAGCGGAUGUCGCUGUGGUCUGGGCUAAAUGUGAUGACGGGAAGGUCCGUGGCUUCAUCUUGGAGCGCAGCAUGAAGGGCUUCUCCACCCCAAAGAUCGAGGGAAAGUUCUCUCUGAGGGCUUCAGCCACUGGGAUGAUCCUCAUGGAUGAAGUUGAGGUUCCUGAGGAGAACCUUCUGCCAAAAGCCUCUGGCCUAGGGGGUCCGUUCGGCUGCUUGAACAAUGCCCGUUAUGGGAUAGCUUGGGGGGCUCUGGGAGCUGCAGAGUUCUGUUUCCACGCAGCUCGGCAGUACACCCUCGACAGAAUCCAGUUUGGUGUGCCUCUAGCCCGGAAUCAGCUGAUGCAGAAGAAAAUGGCCGACAUGUUGACAGAGAUCACGAUUGGCCUGCAGUCCUGUCUGCAGCUGGGUAGACUUAUCGAUGAGAAAAAAGCAGCUCCAGAGAUGAUCUCCAUGCUGAAGAGGAACAGCUGUGGUAAAGCUUUGGACAUCGCCAGGCAGGCCAGGGACAUGCUGGGCGGGAACGGCAUCGCAGACGAGUACCACAUCAUCCGUCACGUCAUGAACCUGGAGGCUGUCAACACGUACGAAGGUACUCACGACAUCCACGCCCUGAUCCUGGGCAGAGCCAUCACAGGCCUGCAGUCCUUCACAGUUGGCAAAUGAUCCAGCCUCCUCUUCCUGCUGCUGCUGCUCUCAAAAAAUACAGCUCUGCAGAAUCUCCCUCAAGUCUGUUUAAAAAAUAACAAACAAAAAUAAAAAACAAUCUCACGUUUGUAGAAAAUCUGUUAUAUUUGCAUUCUGUGGCCGAGCUUUGGAGCCGACGUAGAUUGUAAAAACCUCAGAGGUCAGUUUUAAGAUGGCUAUUUUUCCUCUAGAGGAACGAGUUACUCUGCGUGAUUCAAUUAACAAAUUUUCUUCCUUGUUUUUACUUUGGCAGUGAGUGAACCAUUUGGAAUGAAGUAAAAUUAUAGAUUUGUUGCAGUUUUGACAUCUUAUAAAAGCAACAAAGCAUAAAUACCCACAGCAUGUUGGUGAUUGCUUAUAAAGCUUUCUUUGUUUAAAAUGUUUCAUCAGUGGAACAGAAAUUGUUGCAGUAAUUAUGACUUCUUGCACUUUACACACUGGUAACACUAAGAUGUUAGCCCGGAGUCAUUUGAAUGAAGAAACUGUAAAAGCAUAGUGUGCAGGAGAAUGGAGUUCAGGUUGGAAAGGUCAAGCCUCUGUGGUAGCUCAGUGGAUAAUAUCCUGUUUGUUUAUAACUGUGAGGCACAAAUAAAGCUUUGAGUUUCAUACAA